CAGUCCUUUAUUUGAACUGCCUUCUACAGAGAAUUACAAAAUUUUAGUGUACAAUGGGUUGGCUGUCAACCACUUUUGGUAUUAUUUUGCUAACACUUUUGUUUACAAUAUGGAUAUCAGCACAUCCGCGAUGGGAUCAAGUGGCCAAAGAAGUGGCCUCCAAGAUGAACUACAACGAGCCGGAUAGAAUCCAGAAGGCCACGAAGGCGGCCAAGAAAGCGGAAACGAAGAUCUACGACUUCUAUGUCCGCAAGCUGGAGAACCAGAAGAAGGUUGCGGCCCGUGAAAUAUUGGACAAUGCGUACUUUGAAACGGUCCAUUGCAUCAAGACAUUCUACGAAGGUGGGAUGGAGCUGCAGUUCAACGACUGCAUGCAGCAUGUCAUCGAUCUGCACAUAGGCAGGCUAAAGUCACUCCUUCAAAUUACCACUGAGCGAUAUUCCAGCGGAGCAAGCAGACUUAACAUCUGGCACUGGUGAUACCCUGGAGUCUUCCCAGGACCGCUGGCAGGCAUCAAGUCUGCUUUCUUCGCGCCUUGCGCCCUCUGAUGUACUUUAAUUAGACAGUCAACUCGAGAGCCGUCA